AUGGCAAAUGGAUUUGGUACCCCAUCAGUAGCAGUAGCCACUACCCCUACAGUGAUAUCUACUUUCUUUUCACAUAUAUUCGCUAGGAAGAAACGUAAAACAGCUUCGAAAGAUUCACUAAAAAAUGGUGGACCAGGCGGUGGACCCGAAAAUCAAUUGAGUUACGAAGAAGGACUAAAGGUGAUCAAAAGAUUCUUGGAAUUCGCGAGUCAUCAUGGUGUUGAAGAAGUACAGAGUUUUACUGCUAUGUGGAUACCCACACCUCACUGGGUCAGGAGAGAAAUGGUCACCAUCCCUGAUACCAAUAUCCGAGCAGCGGAAGACCUACUUGCUAAACAUCUAUCAACUUAUGGACCAGAAGGUGAACAGGGUGGCGGUUUGAAACUCAUCGGUGGUGAAAGAUGGUGGAGAGUCAGAGGGAGGAGCUUGGAGGGUGAAUGGAUAGAAAUGCAAAAAGAUUACCUGAAACGAACAGCUACUAUGGGACAAAAACCCACAGCAACAGCUCCCGAUGGAGCUCGAUCAGGAUCAACAGAAAAUGAUCAUUGGAAAUAUCUUCCGAAACGAUCGUUUACUGCAAAUAGCGGAAGCGUAAAAGACAAUUCUGGAGCCGAUGUACUAGAUGAUCGAGUCAUCUUGUAUAUUCACGGUGGAGCGUUCUUCUUCUCGUCUCUUGAAACUCAUCGAUAUCAAGUACAAAGACAUGCUAGGAAAGCUGGCGCAAGAGCUUUUUCACCCGCUUACAGGUUAGCUCCUCAAUACCCAUUCCCAUGCGCUCUUCUUGAUGCUCUAUCAUCCUAUCUCUACCUUAUAGAUCCACCUCCAGGAGCGCACACCCCUAUACUUCCAACCAAUAUCAUCUUCAGCGGAGAUUCAGCUGGUGCAGGGAUGGUGAUAUCUUUGUUGGUAUUGAUUCGGGAGAUGGAAUUACCGAUGCCAGCAGGAGCAAGCUUAGUGUCGCCUUGGGUAGAUCUCACUCAUAGUAUGCCUAGCAUCGGUGGAUGGGAUGGUGGUGAUUUCAUUCCUUCCUCGGGAUUUCACUACAAACCAAGUUGUGCCUGGCCGCCUUUGACUGGAGACGGAAUCACUGUUUCGAUGCCUGACGGUACGGAACAACAUUUUGACGAGCAGAUACAGAUGUAUUGCCCCAACAACCUUUUGACGCAUCCGCUGGUCUCACCUGUAAAUAUGGGAUCGCUAGGUGGACUGUGCCCCUUACUUAUCGUUGGAGGUGGUGGUGAAUUGUUGCGUGACGAGAUAACAUUUAUUGCUCAUAAAGCUGCAUCGCCGACCACAUAUCCUCCAGGUUCUCAUACCCUAUCUCAGUACCCUGAUCAAGCGAAGCUAGUAAAUAAGUACAAACCGACAAAAGUUCAUUUACAGAUCUACGAAGGAUGUUGUCACGUCGUUCCCACUCUGAGCUGGACAAGGAGUGCGAAAUACAUGUAUCGAGCAUGUGCCAACUUCAACAUUUGGGCUUUCACUGCCGCUCAGAAAGCUGUCGAGCGUAAACUCCAUCAUGAGAAGUCUCAUCAUUCACUUAGACAUGCUUCUCGAAAGAAUAGCUCUACCGAAGGGACGACUCCUUCCUCAUCCGUCCCUCAAAGUGGUAAUGUUUCCGGAGCCACUAGUACAGCGGCUUCCAGUAUUGAUUUGACGCAACCUGUCAUUGGAUCAACAGCAGCUUCAGCGGCAAAUCGUGAAGACCUUGACAUCGGUGAUUUGGAAUCUGAAGCUUCGUCAGACACGGCUGAUUCCGAAUACACGAUGGAUACUCAAGAUGGCAAUGAUGAAGGAGCAGCAGGUGAUAAAGGACCUGUAAAAGGUAUAGUGACAGUCUCGGGAACAGAACCGUUAUUCGGCAACACGAAUAUCGUGUCAGAAAGGGUGUCCACCCAUGGCAAGAUAAGAUCAUUUGAGCCUGUAGAAUCUAUCCCAGCAUUAGAUCCAAGUCUUAGAGAAGUGAUUGGACAAGUUCAUGGCAGUGGUGCGAUCCAAAAAUGGUUAAAUAAACGAAAAGAUUUCGAUGAAAAAUAUCAAUCCACUUUUAAUAAAUGGAGAGAAAUCAAAUUAAAAGACAGACAAUCAGCUCAAAGUAAUGGUUAUCUGACUAGAGAUCUGAAGGAUAAUGAAAAUCCUCCAUUGUGCUCUUUAGCAGGGAUAUACGACACAGAUUUAGCUAGACAAAUUGGUAAAUCUGUUGAUGAACCUUCAGGUAAACAAAGCGGUGUUGUGGGUAUGUGGAUGAAGAUGGGUGCUAAAGCCGAUAAGGAACAUGCUGGUGGUGAUAAUUUAGGACAGAUCAAGGACAACGUAGCAAACGAGAUUAAAGAAGAGCGUAUUCGCAGAGAAUCAGUUUCAGCUGGUACAGCGGAAAAUAAUAGAUCAGGAAUGGUAGAUGAACCAGAAGUAAUUCACGAAGAUCGAGUGUUAGAAGCUGCACAGUGCUAG